CUAGCUCCUCCUUUUCCCCACAGACCUGGACCAGGAAGCCACAUCCAUGAAUGUGCCCUGGGGACCCUGAAGUUCAGCUUUACAGGUGGGAGAAGAGGGGAUUCCCGCCCACUCUAGGCUUCCCUUUUAGGGGCUGCUUUGUGGUGAGAUCCUACUAGUGAGACCCAUUCAACCUUAAGAAAACUAAAAAUGAAAACACUUAGUAAAAAUGGGGGUGUGCGGAGGACAAAAGGGACAGCAAAGAAAAUGGAGUUGGAAGCAAAGAUAUCUUAAGCACUGACGCUUCCUUUAGUGACAGGUUUCAAACCCUUGGCCUCCAUUCUUCACACUGAAAAUUUCCCUAACUGGAGGCCAGUCUGAUACCAGCCCUGUCUGGCUUCAUUUCCAGGCUGGUUGGGUUAACAGCCUGAAGAUGGCCAGAUGAGAUUCCCCAAGGGCUGAUGGCAGACCCGGGAGACUGGCAGAGCUCUUAGCUACAAGAGAGAAAGGGUGCUCUCACGCCCUUCCCUGAAUAUCCAGAAGUUAUUGCAAGUCUGGGCAGCGGGGAUGACUGGGUUCAAGUCCUGCCCUGACCACUUGGCUGCUCUAUGACCCUCUGUUCUUCUGUUUCUUCCUCUGCAAAGUAGGUGUUGUUGUCCAAAGUGAUGGUGAGGAUUUGGGGAGAACAUCACUGAGGAUUUAGCACAGAUCCUGGCACCAAGAAACGUGUCAUAAAUACUAGAUGCUUUCCUAACUAUUAAUUAUUAUUAGAAAGUUGGAGUGGAGGUAAAAGUUUCCUUUCCUUGUGCUAAUCCAUAAGGCUGUCACCUACAACUCCACAGAGGUACUUCUCUGGCUAAGUGGAGUGCUGGCUUUGCUUCUCUGUCCACAGUCUUCCAAAUGGGCCAUCAGUCUCCCAAACGACCUAAAGGAAGCAAAAGCCUCCUCUCUCCUAUUUAUAUUACAAAUCUCUUCCUUCCUUGCAGGGGAAACAGAGUACAUAUUAAACUGCACUUAAGUUCAGCAGUGUUGGGUAGACGGGAUAGUAGGUGUGUCCCAGUGAGUAGAGAUCGAUUUGAAACCGAGGAAUGGGGAGGUGGGGUUUGAAACUUCACUUUAGCUAUGCUGAAGUGUUAUCCCUCAGGCUAUCGACAAGUAUUUUUUUUCUUGUGAGUCAAAUGAAUUCAACCGUCCACGGACGGUCCCAGCUAACUAGGAGAUGAGGCCUGAGAAGAUUGGAGACCUAUAGGUCUGAGCCAGCUGCUGGCUAUAGCCAGAAGGAAUCCUGCAUGAGUGUUAUGAUGGGGAAGAUGCAUUUUAGAAUAUGCCGGCUGGAGCCAUCCAGGGCGUGACUUGCCCCAAGAGAGCUGAGUUAUCAGGGACCCAGCUCCCACCCCCUUGUCUGACCCUAAGUGCAGACCCAGAUGUUGACAGCUGCCUCUGGAGGGUGAUGGGAGUGGGGUAAUGCCAAUAUCCCGUUGCCAGCAGUCACUGUUCCCACCCUGGCUUCCUGGUGGGACUUUUCCAUGAAUCUGCCUAGUGAUUCCAGGGCCUAUUAAAAUCCCUGAGCACUGCCCAUGCCUUUUGAUUCAUGCAUAGAAAGUGUGCUUGUUGUUUAAAGACUCUCAGGAAUAGAAUCAGAGGAAGGAGAGUGGGUAAUCGGUUUAGGGGAGGGAGUACCCACGGCAUGGCAAGUCCCAGCCCCAGUCCUCGGAGAGGAAAGCACAGCUACAUGGGCAGCACGGCCUUCAAACUGCCACUGGCGUUUUGUUGGCAGGACCCUGAGCUUUGGGACCUGAGCUUCUGGCAUGAGGGAAUCAUGUUGUCUUUGUCCAGGGUGGGGGUUCUGGCGGAGGCACCUCUUGGCUGGCGCCAGAGAGUCGUCUCCUGAGCCUCUGUCAGCAUUUUCCAUUCUUUUGCCUAGUCACACCUUUUUCUCCAGGCAAAGAGCUGAAACCCAGGGCUCCUAACCCUCUUCUUUUGACCCCAAACCCAUUUAUUCUAGAAGGAAGGCUUUGGAAUCCCUGCAAAGAACAAAGUGAGCCCACUUUAGCAUUUCUGAAGUUCUGCCCCAUGACUGGCUUGAGCCAAGAAAAAAAUCCUCUCCCAAAAUGCUCAACUGACAUCUCCCAUCCAGCCCCAAACCCAGGACCCCUAAACGAGGCUGUAUCAGCAAAGAAUGGCUUCUUGGUGGAAGACCUGCCUGACACUGAAGUCAAACUCUGCCAUAGGAAAGUCUCCUCUUUGAAGAUGAUGCUUUCCUGACAUGUGGAGGGAAUACGAGGCAGGAGAGAGGCUAUCCCUAGGCACACAUUCUCCGAAAUGGGAAAAACUCUGCACGGAAACACCAGCAUCUCUUAAGUAGAUAGGGCUGUGGGACCAAAGCCCACAGCCUUUGUGGGUUCAUAGCCUUUGUGAAGGGGAAAUAUCAGUUGACUGAGCAGUGAACCUUGUAGAAAAGACUUAGUGCUUUUUUCUGCAUUUUGCAAUGCACAGAUGAGAAAGGGAUAAGCUCCCUUUCAUUCACUUCAUGAACUUUGCACCUAGACUGAGCUCUUUAUUUCAGUCAGGCUGGAAAGCAUCUAAGGAAGUCCUUCCCCAACAACUGAACCAUUUCUAAUCAAACCAUUGUUUCCAAGCAGAGGAAGUAGAAUGCAGUGUUGUCCUGAAUGGCUUUUCUCUCUCUCUCUCUUCUCUUUAUUAUAGACGUUGAUAAGUAUGGAUGUGUCACUCAGAGCCAGGUAUCCUUCUCCUGUAAUUGGAAUACUAGGAUGACUAGCUGUGGCCCAAGUCUGGAGGGAUGUGAGGUUAGAACUGGAAGUAGAAACCUAUCCACAUCCUCUUCUUAGGUAUCACUUUUUUUUUUUUUUAAGUUUAAUUGUUUCUUAAGUUGAUGUGUUGUAUUUUCAUUUUUAUUCUGUUUAAGGAUUUUUCUCAUUUUUUGUCACUGCAUGUGGGAUCUUAUUUCCCCAACCAGGGAUCGAAUCCCCACCCCCGGCAGUGGAAACUUGGGAGUCUUAACCACUAGACUGCCAGGGAAGUCCUUAGGUAUCACCUUUGAGGCAAGAUGAACCUAAUAGCAGAGGUACAGUGUCAGCUCCCCAAAUUAGAACAUUAUUAGCAUCUUGAAAAAGCAUUUACUGAAACCCUACCCCAUAGCACAUUAAUCCAAUGUGGGGUUUUUUUGUUUUUUUUUUUUUCAAAGGUGGUUAUGAUCUCCUUCUAUCUUCACCCUGGCUGUCUGUUCUAUCCCCCAGCCACAAGCCCAGUGGAAUCUUCCCAGAGUCUAAUCUUUCUCUGGGAUUCCAAAUUGGGCAGAGGUCUUGGCCUCUGCUGCUAUUUCUUUAAAUUGAUCUCCAGCCGAAUUCCGAAUGUAAAGGUCAGCAGGCGAGGAAAUGGCACUUCUAAUAGAAAACAAUGUGCACUUUCUAAAUUUGAACCAAGCCGUUUCCGCUCUUUGAUUUAAGUGACUUCCUGGGGUUCCGUGUCAGGCACUGCAGUUGAAUCUCUGGCCAGUUUCCAACUUAAAAUUGCACUCUCUCAGUGAAAUUAGAAACUGAUCCAGGCUUGGCUUAGCUAUUCUAGUAAACAGCAUUUAGGCUGAAUGUUCAGCUCAGUAUUUGGAAAUGGGUGAAGUGAGUGCCCCUCAGAGAGGAUUUCCCAUCCAAGUUGUCCGAGGACACCUGCCCAGGGGUUAUUAUCCACUGGAGGUUGUUGCUCUUAGAAGUAGUGGUAAUGAGUUAAUAUCCUGGAUGUGUAGGCAUCAGAUACAUCUCCUUCUCUUGUGACUAUCUGAAAUAAACGCUUUUGUUUAUCUAGGUGAUAAAAACUCCAUGGGAGCACACAGGGACUGACUGUUGUAUUCACUACAUCCUGGCACUCAGCAUAACACUUGGUACUUAUUAGCCGUGCUUAUUAGUGCUCAGGAAAUCUAAACGGUUGCUUUCUGGGAUGCUGGUAAAUUAAGAGUACGUGCUGUGUGUCAGGCAAAAUGCUAGGUUCUGGAUAUGCAUUUUUUCAAUUAGUUCUCACAAGAACCCAUUUUACAGGUGACAGUGCUAAGGCAUAGAAGUUAAAGAACCUCAUUCACAGCAACACUGCUAGGCAAAGGGCCCCUAGAAGCCUGUUACUCUGCACAUCCCAGGACCUCCGGCCCCAUGGAGCCCCCGAUCCCACAGAGCGUCCCCUUGACUCCCAGCUCAGUCAUGGUCCAGCCCCUACUGGACAGCCGUACGGCCCACAGCCGGCUCCAGCACCCUCUCACCAUCCUUCCCAUCGACCAGAUGAAGACCAGCCACGUGGAGAACGACUACAUCGACAACCCUGGCCUGGCACCCCCCUCUGGCCCCAAGCGGACCCGGGGUGGAGCCCCAGAACUGGCCCCAGCCCCGGCCCGCUGUGACCAGGACAUCACCCACCACUGGAUCUCCUUCAGCGGGCGCCCAAGCUCUGUGAGCAGCAGCAGCAGCACGUCCUCCGACCAGCGCCUCUUAGACCACAUGGCGCCCCCACCAGUGGCUGAUCAGGCCUCCCCGAGGGCUGUGCGCAUCCAGCCCAAGGCCAUCCACUGCAAGCCGCUGGACCUCAAGGGCCCCGCUGGGCCCCCAGAGCUGGACAAGCACUUCUUGCUGUGCGAGGCCUGCGGGAAGUGUAAGUGCAAGGAGUGCGCGUCCCCCCGGACGUUGCCCUCCUGCUGGGUCUGCAACCAGGAGUGCCUGUGCUCGGCGCAGACGCUGGUCAACUAUGGCACCUGCAUGUGCCUGGUGCAGGGCAUCUUCUAUCACUGCACCAACGAGGACGAUGAGGGCUCCUGCGCCGACCACCCCUGCUCCUGCUCCCGCUCAAACUGCUGUGCCCGUUGGUCCUUCAUGGGGGCCCUGUCCCUGGUGCUGCCCUGUCUGCUCUGCUACCUGCCCGCCACUGGCUGUGUGAAGCUGGCCCAGCGCGGCUAUGACCACCUGCGCCGCCCUGGGUGCCGCUGCAAGCACACGAACAGCGUCAUCUGCAAGGCGGCCGCCGGGGACGCCAAGGCCAGCAGACCCGACAAGCCUUUCUGACGCUCGGGGUCAAGUCCCAGCACUCCGCCUGGAACCCUGGUUCCCUUCUGACACCUGAGAAGAGCACCACAGCACAGCCAGAGGUUUUAGCAUCCUGAGGCUGACUCUGCUAGUCUGCCCACCCCCUACCCCCCAGCUGCUGAAGAAACAGGGACCACCAUCACCCACCCCUCUCUUCCCCAAAAGGAUGAAGAAGCACUUUGGGGUUGUUUUGUUCAGGAUCCUGGAACUUUGUGUGAAACAGACAGUGGCAGGGGUGUGGUGUGGUUUGGGGGCGAUUUUUCUUUUACAGAAGAUGGAACACAGAUGUGGACACAUAUCCGGAAGUUGCAGCUGCUUGAAUGCCUUCCUGGCCCUCCUCCUCCCUCGCUUUCUCCCUGCUCUUUUGCAUUCUCUCUGGCUGCCUGGGAGGAAUCUGAGUGGCCAGGGGACUUGGAAGAAGACGCUUGGAGUCUUACCAUCUGUACCUUCUUCUCCUCCCAGCCUCCACCCCAGUCUGCCCCAUCUUGGGGAAGGUGUAGACCCUGGCAAUCCCUGUUGUAUAUACUCGGGAGCUCCCGCCCCUCGUUCCUUGCUCUGCCUGGAGCCAUGGACGGAUUUAGGAACCACUGCACAGUACCUUUCUCCCUUCCAGCUUCCUCACUAACUCUCGGGGGUGUUCCACUCAUAAUACCGUCCUUUGGCUCUUACUGAGUCACAGACUCACCUGCCUGCUGUGUGCCCCCAGCUCUCUCUACUCAGAUCCUUUCCAGAAACUUCACUAUGGGUAGAGAAGACCGGGGCAGCAAAUUUGAGACCAAAUAGCAUUUUGCCAAUGAGUCUGAGGCUGUGGUCUCUGGAUCCAGUCGUUACAUGUUUUUAUAUCAGAUACUAAUGGUGUUUUAAAAAAUAAUAAUAAAACACUUGCUUCCUUUUGGGCCACCCCCAGGAAGGGCUGAUUUCAAAAUCUGGGGGGCGAGCAACCUCAAGGAACACAAUCCCCCCCCCCCACCAAGAAGAAGAUUUUAACAGCAGAGAAGAGAGGCAGCACCUCGCGCUGGCAGAGUGACGGCUGGGUGUGGGCUUCUUCUCUCCUGAUUCUGCUGCUUGCUGUCCUAGCCUUUUGUGUACAGUGUCUGUAUCUUUAAUGUAAAUAGACAGAUGGUGACAAAAGAGUCUAUUUUAGUGUUCAGAGGCCCUGGUUGGGGGAGUCAGAAGAAUGCAGGUGGGGGAAAGAUUUUCCGGGGGGCUUCUUGGGAUUGAGCCCUGCUUCUGUGCGUGGCCACAUGAGCCCCUCCCAGCAGCCCCCAAAGACGUAGCAACUCUCUCUCAAGGUGCUAAAGGACUCAGAAAGCGCAGCUCGUCCAGUGGGUAGGUACUUGUUGCAUGCAAAAGCUAUAGUGUGUCUGGUCCUUACUCCCCAGCAAUUGUGUGGGGUUUUUGCUUCAUGUGGUAUUUGUGCCUCCUCCCUUUCCCCCUCCCCGCCGUGAGAGAAAGUAGCUUGGGUCAGAAGAGCUACCCCGGGGCAAUGUUGGAAGUGUACUAGGCACAGCCUUUGUAGCACUUCAGUUUGUUCUGUAGGAACAGAACAGCCUCCUGGAAGGAGGCAGGUAGCUGUGAUGGUCAAGCACCCAAUGCUUCUCAAGGACUUUUUUUUUCGUUCCUUCUUGAAGACUGGUAGUAACAUCUUAUGAUUUAGAAUAAGUUAAUUGUAACUGUAGGUAUUUAUUGACUGGAGGAAAGGAGGGGAUGGUCUUAUUAUUUUAGGCUUUAUUUAUAUAACAUUUGCUAGCUUGUAAAAGGCGAAUAUGAAAUACUGCAUCUGCAUUUUCUAAGGCUGAUUCCUGUAGCUACCCUUGUCACAGUUGUCAUGGAUGUAUGGAUGUUCUUGCACAAAUCAGAGGGAAUGAUAGAAAAAACACAUUCAGCCAACCACUUGUCCUAAUUGAAUGUAUCAGAUGUGUACUGAAGGGACUGGAGAUGGUUUUCCUCAGAACAGGUGUGGAGAGGUUACCCCCAAAAAGAGAGGGCAUACGUCCACUCUGGGAGAGGCCUCAGAACUUUCCCCAAAGCCCCCCCCUCAAAUGUCUCCAUGGGAAGCUUGACCCAGUGGCAAGUUGCACUUUGGUGAUCUUUGGUGUUCUACGUGCCCAUUCUGUGGAGAACUGAUUUACAUAAGCUGUGCACACACACACCCUACCCCUACCCACCAUCUCUACAAAGACCCUUGUUUGCUGGCAAGUAGCCUCCUGAACCCCGACUCUGUGUAUAUAGUUGUAAACACGGAUUUUUCUGGGUUUGGUUUUCUUUUGCUCCUUCCCCCGCUUUGGCUUGUUCUUUCUGGUUUGCAUCUAGCCUGCUAGGUGGAUGUCUGCAGAAUUCUGUGUCCCAUGCGCUCAGCUUUCGUUUGCCCAGCUCUGUUGCAUAGCAGUCCCUCAGCAUGUUUUUCUGGCAAAAAGAAAAAGCAAAACUGGCUUGUCUGUGGCCCCCAGGGGCCAGUCAGGGGCCACUGAGGGAUCAAGCUCUUGGGAACACAACACAUUUCUGGGGCCACUUUUGGCUGAUUGUGUGUCCUGUGACCAAUGGCUCGCUUGGCUGUAUUAUGCCUCCUCAUCUUGACCUUUUUAGCAGAGUGCCAGCUGCUUCCCACUAAGGUUCAAUCUGGGAUGGCUAGUGGUUCUGCCUGGAACUGGGGGUGGGAUCCACAAGCCUGGGCCCAGGACCCUUGUCCUAAGGGGCCACAGCUGCUUCCUCUGGAGGGUGGAUUUGUAAAGCCCCAACACUCCAGCGAGUGCCCUGAGAACUGGGUCUAGGAGAGCCAAGCCUUUCUAGGUAGAAGAUGGGGUACACCAAGGCUCCUCACUGGCCCUGCUGUUGAUACGGGCCCCUUCACAACUGACAGAUGGAAGAUUAUCAUGUGAUGUGUCUGGUUCUUUCAGCGCUCUGGAGUCUGCAUACAUCCCCACUUGACAUCGAGUGAGGCCCAGUUAGAUUAUGACAUGUCCCAAGUGUGGAAACUGUGGGUUGGGACCAGAUCCCGUCACCUUCAUGGUCUCUGUGCUGCCCCAGGAGGUGUCCGGAGGGGUGUAGGUACCACCACUUUGCACUGUACACGUCACUAGGGCAUCCUAUGAACUUCACUGGCCUUCUGGUUUAUGCCGUUGGUAAGCAUUUUCAUGCCCUCUGCUUACUGUGACAGUCGAUGACAAAUCUUAAGCUGCCAUUUUUGCUGUGGGUAACUCGGUGUGGUGUCUUGUCUUGCUUUUUCUUCUCACUGCCCCACAGUUCAGUUUUGUGUUAGAAACAGAAAAGCUAUUCAAGGGUCCCAUCCCAGCACAUUUUCCCUCUUCACUGUAACCCUUUCUCACCCCACAUCAAAAGUUACCACAGAAGGUUUCCUUUGUAUAGAAUAUUUAUUUUGAAGCUCUAUUUUAAUAGUAUUUAUUUUAGAAAGUCUACUAUUGUAAGAGUUCUUCUGUUUGUGAAGAAAAAGCAAGUUAAAAACUGAAUGUACUGAUCUAGAAAAUAUAUAUAAAUAUAUAUUGUUAAAUAUA